CUCUGUUUAUUUAUUAUUCCCUUCUACCUAAAAUCAACAAAAGCAUUCUUUAUUUCGAGUCUCUCUGCUGGUGUUGGCCUGUUGCCUGGAGGUGUGAGUGUCAAGGGCGGCCGUCCGGCCGUCUUUUCGCUAUUCUACCUUUCUUGAUUUUAUUUUGAUUCCUUUCAGCUUUACAAUUGAGACUGUAGUAUGUUCUUGGCUGUAGACAGGAAAUCCUCAAAUUGAAGAUAAGAAAUGGCUAUUUUUGCUCAUAGAUUGCCUUAUCUGAUGGAAUUGAGCUUUCCUUCAUACUAUUCAUCCUCAUUUUCUCGUUGUCAUUUCAUGGUCCCUCGCUUCAGUUCAGGUGAUUCUUUUUGGAAUUCCGGUUGUUCUGGGGUUUCAUUUAGUGUCUGCAACAGAAGAAUUUCUACCCUUCUCGCUCCUAAGAGUAGAAUCGAGGAAUUUAGGUUGUUUGGGUCAGUUGAAUUGAAUCGGUUUGUGACGAGAGACGACGCAGAUGAAAUGAGCGAGGGUUUCUUUGAAACGAUUGAGGAAUUAGAACGGAUGGUAAGAGAACCUGCCGAUGUUCUUGAGGAUAUGGAUGACCGGCUCUCCGCUCGGGAGUCGCAAUUGGUCUUGGUUUACUUUUCCCAAGAGGGCAGGGAUUCUUGGUUUGCGCUGGAGGUGUUUGAGUGGCUUCUGAAGGAAAACAGGGUCGAUAAGGAGACUAUGGAGCUCAUGGUUUCCAUAAUGUGCGGUUGGUUUAAGAAUUUGAUUGAGGGUGAACGUGUUGUUGGAGAUGUGGUUGACCUUCUUGUGGACAUGGACUGCGUCGGGCUGAAGCCGACUUUUAGUAUGAUAGAGAAAAUAAUAUCUUUGUACUGGGAGGCGGGGAAGAAGGAGGAAGCCGUUUUAUUCGUUAAGGAAGUUCUGAGGCGGAGAAUCUCCUAUGCAGUGGACGACCGAGAGGGUCAGAAAGGAGGUCCAACUGGGUAUCUUGCGUGGAAGAUGAUGGUGGAUGGAAAUUACCGCGGUGUAGUUAAAUUGGUUAUUGAUUUCAGGGAACGUGGAUUGAAACCUGAGAUCUACAGCUACCUUAUAGCAAUGACAGCUGUGGAUAAAGAGUUGAAUGAGUUAUCCAAAGCUUUACGCAAGUUAAAAGGUUUCAUAAAGGCCGGUUUGGUUGCUGAACUCGAUUUAGAAAAUGUAAGACUUGUUGAGGAGUAUAAGUCAGAUCUUGUGAGGGACGGAGUGCAAUUGUCUAAUUGGGUAUUUCAAGAAGGAAGCUCCACACAUAUUGCACUUGUCCAUGAGAGGCUUCUUACAAUGUAUGUAUGUGCUGGAAGAGGACUUGAGGCUGAAAGACACUUGUGGGAAAUGAAGCUUGUGGGUAAGGAGGUAAGCCAAGAGCUUUAUGACAUUGUCUUAGCCAUAUGUGCUUCCCAAAAAGAAGCUGGUUCUGUUGGACGUUUACUUACAAGGAUUGAUGCCAUAAACUCAUGGAGUAGGAAGCGAACUUUGUCAUGGCUGUUGAGAGGAUAUAUUAAAGGUGGCCAUUUUGAGGAGGCUUCUGAAACAAUCAUAAAAAUGCUUUACUUGAAUUUGUAUCCUGAGUAUUUGGACAGGGUAGCUGUGCUGCGGGGAUUAAGAAAAGGGAUCCAACAGUCCGGAAAUGUUGAGCCUUAUCUCAAGCUUUGCAAGCACCUCUCUGAUGCUAAUUUGAUUGGACCUUUUCUUGUAUAUCUGUAUAUACGCAGCUAUAAGCUUUGGAUCAUAAAAUUGCUAUGAAGAAAUCUGAUGGAGGAGAGCUAUGGGUGUCUUGCAAGCCAUAUAUUUUGUCAAGCAGCCUGGCUAGAUUGAUCUAGAUCUCAUAUUCCGAUGGAUUUUCUCCUGGAUUUUUCCUUGUAUAGUUUUAAGUUCCAACUUCCAAGCAAUACUGGACAACAAGUGUGGUAGUUUCAAGAGAGACAGAUAAAGGCAUUACAGAGUAUUGACUAUAACAUGCUUGGGUUUAUAAACGUGUGCAUACCGGAUGCUGUAAACAUAAUAAAGCUCCCUUUCAAUCCAUGAGGCUUAUAUAAGAACCAUUGAUGUUCAAAUGUUCAAAUGUGAUUGUUCUGCUGUUCCUUUGAAC